AGUCAUGUUCGUGAAUCAAUAUUUUCAAUUUUAGAUCAUUGGAAGAAGUUGAGUCGAACACGUCUUCAAAUCAUCAACACUACACCUCAAAAAACCAGUCACCCACUCGAGAAUAUCAUCAAUGCCAUUCAUUCUUCACAUCAAUCGUUCAAAAACAAAAAAAAUGACUCAAAACAUCGCAAUCAUCAUUUUCUUCAUCAUCACAACAACUCUCAUCAGAUCCAGCACCUCCAUAGGAAAAUCUUGGCAACGAAAACCUAAUAAAUUCGACGACCUGCAGGACGAAAUGUACCGCAUCGAUAAAAGCGACCUCAUCCGAGUACUUUUCGAGAACUCAUCAUCCCCUUCUCAUCCAAACACGAGUAACCAAUUCUGCUACAUCACUUGCCCUCGAGGUUUCGGCAAAAGCACCAAUUUAAGGAUGAUCCAGAGCUUCGCUCAAAUCGAACUGGAUUUUCGAGGUAACGUGAAGCAUUUCAACGAGACAAUGGCUCGUCACAUUUUCACAGACUUGAAAAUCAACAAGUAUCCGGAAAUCGUCGCCGAGCACAUGGCUCGAUACCCUGUACUGUACUUGAGUUUGGCUCGAUUUGCUCGCAGCAGCCAGACUAUCGACGAUGUCCGUCUCGAGCUGAUGAUUUCGCUCGGUAAAACCUUAGACCCUUAUCCAUUUUUCAAGAAUCACGCCAAGUUAUACGGUUCGGAGAGGAAUUCCACCAGCUCGAGGUGCUCGUGGAAGUCGAUGCGAUUCAUUGGUGAUUUAUUGGACAAAAACUUGACCACGGAAGAUCUACGUCAGGCGUUACUCGUUGUGAGUCGAUCACUUUACCAAUACUUCAAUUCGACCAAGGUUAUCGUACUGAUCGAUGACUACGACGACACAGCUCUCAAAUCUCCCAUACUCGAGUCAACCUACAUCACUGAGGCGUACAGAGAACUGAAUUUAAUCCUCGCAGAGGUCUUCAAAGGAGGAUCAUCAUUCGUCAGAAACGUCAUAAUGACUGGAGUCUCGAGCUUACCCUAUUCCAUAGAUGAUGCCAUGGUCGAUACUCUGACACAUUAUGCUUUCCUAGACAAUCACAUCUUCACCCCCUACUUCGGUCUGACCGAAGCCGAUAUGAACACUUCGUUCACCGUGUACGAUAUCUCGAACCAAGAGCAAAAAGCCAUAAACGGUUUUUACAAUGGUUAUUGGACUUGCAGCACCAAUGGCACCAAACUUUUCAAUACGCAUUCUAUAACGCGAUACCUCUUCAACCGAUUCACAACUCAGAAAAAACCUUACCCCUUAAAAAUAUACUGGACUCAAGACGACCUUCAAGGAUGUAUUUCGCGUUUCUUCAGACACCCUCAGUUCCGCCAACUCACUCUGGAUGCUCUGAAAAGUGGUCGACUCGAGUACAGUAUUAGGAAACGACAACCUGGCGAUGCUAUACGAAUUUUAGAGGAAUUUCGAGACGGUGAUUACCGCAAUGAGAACCGUACGUUGACUGGGAUACUGCUGACGUAUUAUUUCGAGAUUGGAUACUUGAGUUAUACGUCUAGCUUGAAUGUUUACACGAUACCGAAUCUCGAGGUACGUAAAACGUUGAAAAAAGAAGCGCGAGAUUUUAUCGCGGAUCAGACAAGAGACCAGUAAUCAACGGAGGAACUUAUGAAAGGAGCAAUUUUGAUGAACAGAUGUACGAAGUGAGAUACUAGACUGAUCUCUCACCCAAGAAAUUGAGGUUCAAUACCCCACGCAAUCUCAUAUGCAAGAACUCUGCGUUGCAAUAUUAAUGAAUUGGACGAGGAAACUCAGUCAGAAAGAUGAAGGGAACAGAGGCGAAGUGACUAAAGGGGCGGGGGAGUCCUCCUUGGGGAUUUAGGAAAUUGGCAAAAGCUGGCCAUUUUGAGUUACAAAUAGUGAAUUGGCAAUUUUUAAUGUUCAAUGAUGAACUGACAACUCUGAAAGUAUAACUAAACUGUGUCCCUGUAACCAGCUGAGUUGUUGGAAAAUUUACGAUUUGGUGGAUGGAAUUUUCAAGAUCUCUCCCCCUCCCCUUCGAGAAUAAUUGUUUCGCUACACCCCUGAAAAAUGAAUAUCAAAGAGAAGAAAAUUUAGACCAUUCCCAGGUGCGGACUGGGUCGGUUGAUGUGCCCUGGCAGAUGCACGGAAUGAGGCCCUCUAUUCCCCCCUCCCCCAAAUCUUUCACGUACAAUUUUUUUCAGGUUCAGAUACUUGAAUGAGAGUUGUACAAUUUGUUUUUUUUUUAAUUUAUUUACUUUUGCGGAAAUAAGUAGAUCUGACAAGAAAAAAACUGGAGGUUUUUUUGAGGGGGGAGGAGGAGGGGAGUGAACUGGGGAAAAGGGGGUGUUGACUGAAAUUUUUCGACCAGUAUGAGAAAAAAAAUAUCAAUUUUACCAAAUAAAAUGACGAGUUUUUAGAUGAGAUGACAAUUUUGCCAACUGAUAUAAUACUCACUUGUUAUGUUUUUUGCCAGAAUUGUCUGCAAUGUUCUGUUUUUGUUCAACUUGUCAAAAAAUUUCAUUUACAUCAAAAUUGUAAAGAAGUCCCAUUUUUUUUCAAAAUUAUAAAAAACUCCAAACUUUUGUAAAAAUUGCCAAAAAAAAGUCCUGUUUUUUUGCCAAAAUGUUCAAAAAAUCUUGUUGUUAACAUCCCGCACAACAGUUGUCGACGUCGACAUUUACAUCGACUACGUUUUUUUCUAACAUAAUGAUGGAAAAGUGAUCAAUUAAUUAUUUAGUAGGAAUCUUCUGUCCAUACAAAAGCCAGGUAAAUGAAAAUUUUCGAAAUUUUCUCAUUAUUUCCGAUACUUCGACAAGCCAGAUCGACAUGUAGAUGUAAAAUUCAAUGCUCGAAAUUUACAUCUACAACUAUGUCGGCCAAUUUUUCAGAAUUAAAAUUUCUGUUUCAGUGUUUAAAAGUUUAGUAAACAUUCAAAAAUAUAAUCUUGUUCAAUGAGGAAAACAAAUUUUUUAGAGCAUUGAUGAAAUUAUUCACUUUUCCACAGUUUGGAGUUCUAGAUGAUAUGAGGUUGAUAUAAUAUUGUGGAUGUAUUUGUUGAUGUCAAAUUUCACAUCAACAUUAACAUCGACAUGUCGACAUGAAAAUGGAUUAGUUUAGUACUCUUAGAUAAAGUAUUGCACCAUCUUUGAUAUAAGGAAUUUCAGUUCAACUUUUUGAUUAUACAGACUCUUUGUCUGUACUUCUUCGGAAGUGGACUUUAUGUCGAUGCUGUUGUCAGCACGAGCAAUAGCCACAUCACCACAUCAGAGGAAAUGAUUUUUGGAAAAAAAAUUUCAAUUUUUAAACUCAAAUUUUAUAAUGUUACAACGCAGGAGUUCGACAUGAAUUUUGAUGUGAAUGUUGAUCCAUCCACAUCCAUCACUUUUGGAUGCUGCAUGUCGAUGUGAAUUUCAACCCUGUGUUGAGCCUAUUGUUGACACAAAUGCAGAUCAACAUCGGUCAACAAUUACAUCAACAAUUAGCUCGAUACAGGGUCAAAAUUCACAUCGACAUGUGGCAUCCAAAAGUGAUGGAUGUGGAUUGGUCGACAUUCACAUCGAAAUUAGCAUGGUCGUUGUUGUACGAGAUUGGAAAAAAUUCUUGCUUUUGCCAAAAUUAUCCUGAAAAGUCCUAAUUUUUUGCCAAAACAUUGUCAAAAUUAAUUUUUUUUGAAGUUAUCAAAAAAGAUUUGAUAUGGUGCAAUAUGCCUUCACUGCUUAUGUGGUUAUUCUAAUAAUGCAUCCUUACGUCAUUCUAUUUAUAUCCCAUAAUAUAAAGAUGCAUGGUAACGUGGGAAAUUAUACAGGGUGUAAGUAAUAGAGGACAUACUUGAAGGUCGCUGCAGUAUGCGCCAAAGACCGGAAGUACGUAUGAUCACUUGAUUCCAGCUAUUUGAGUGGCAAGAGUCUCUUUGAAGUAUACAUAUGAUGAUAGGUGGUAAUUAUAUUUAUUAAUGUGUGACAGGGAUUUAUCCCAAGUAGCAUUGUUUUUCAUAGCGGCCCAAUACUCACUUGGUGCUGACAUGUUUUAAUUACUAAUUAAGUUGGAUUAUCAAGAAAGUGGAUGAUCCAACAUUCAGUUAUCAUGUUACCUUUUGCAGCCAAUUUGGGAUGGACCUAUGGCCUAGGCAUCUAUGAAUUGGUGUGUGUGUUUACAAGUCCUCUUCAAAUUAAAGCAGACACCGACAUGCUACUAUUAUUGGGGGCUAAGGAAAAGAGGUGGUGAGAUGGCCAGCAGUGUUUGGUAAGAAGUUGCUUACAUAGUGGUGUCUCCACUUAAUUAAUUAUAGCCUAAUCAUAGUUAAUCGAUGAUGUCAUUUUAUCGUGUUUAUGUACUUACAUAUAUGAUGAAUGCUGUUAAAACUUGAAUAAAACAAACCUGUACAUAGCAGAGUCCUGCACGGAUUAGUUAAAAGUUAUCUGCGUUAGUUGCGUAUCGAGUGCGGUAAGCUACCAAAUAUAACUCAUCCAGAAGCGGUUAUAUCUGCGUUACCCUAUGAGGAUAAUUUUGUAGUUAAAAUAACUACACUACCUGUGAUUAUACCGCAUUCUUAUCAGAAAUGUAAUGUUUGAUUCUGUCUUAUAUGUUUGAUGAGUCACCAAAAUGUAUUGAUGAGACACUAGAGAGCCAAAUGUGGUAAAGGUAAGGUUAUUAACCUAACUUACCGCUGGUUGCGCGCGUUGACAGAAGUAACUGCAGUUAGUAACCUGUAGUUAGAUUAGCCGAUAGCUCCUGUGGUUAUCUGGCUAUUUUAACUACACCGUGCAGGACUCUGGUACAUAUAGUUACUGUUGCAUGUUCUUAUAUUAUGUAUUCUGUGUAUUUUCAAC